AUGGGUCGCUCCAUUUCAUCUCUUCAUCACCUUCUUUUCUCAUCUUUUGUUAUUUUCUCCUUGUUGUUGAAUCAUGUUCAUGCCAACAAAAAGUGUUACAUUGUAUACUUGGGAGCACAUUCUCAUGGUCCAACUCCUUCCUCCGCUGACCUUGAAUUUGCUACAUCUUCUCAUUAUCAUUUACUAGCUUCAAUCUUGGGAAGUGAGGAGAAUGCAAAAGAAGCAAUAAUUUAUUCAUAUAAUAAACAAAUCAAUGGGUUCGCAGCAAUGCUUGAAGAGGAAGAAGCUGCACAAAUUGCAAAUAAUGGAAAGGUGGUAUCAGUGUUUUUGAGUAAAGAGCAUAAACUUCACACAACACGUUCAUGGGAAUUUCUUGGAUUGCGUGGAAAUGAUAUCAACUCAGCUUGGCGAAAGGGAAGGUUUGGUGAAAACACUAUCAUAGCUAACAUUGAUUCAGGUGUUUGGCCAGAAUCGAUGAGUUUUAGUGAAAGAGGAAUAGGCCCAAUCCCAGCUAAAUGGCGUGGGGGUAACAUAUGUCAAAUUAAUAAACUCAAUGGUUCUAACCAAAUUCCAUGUAACAGGAAGCUAAUUGGAGCAAGAUUUUUCAACAAUGCAUAUGAAUCAGUCAACGGAAAACUCCCUCGUUCGCAACAAACAGCGCGCGAUUUUGUAGGCCACGGCACGCAUACACUAUCAACAGCAGGUGGAAACUUUGUACCAGGUGCAAGUAUAUUUAAUAUUGGCAACGGAACCGUAAAAGGCGGUUCGCCAAAAUCAAGAGUUGCAACAUACAAAGUGUGUUGGUCUCUAACAGAUGCUACUAGUUGUUUUGGUGCUGAUGUAUUAGCGGCUAUCGAUCAAGCCAUUAGCGAUGGUGUUGAUUUGAUUUCUGUUUCUGCUGGUGGAAGUACUAGUACAAAUUCUCAAGAAAUUUUUACUGAUGAAGUUUCAAUAGGUGCAUUUCAUGCACUUGCUAGAAAUAUAUUGUUGGUUGCUUCUGCGGGAAAUGACGGACCUACCCCUGGAAGUGUUGUUAAUGUUGCCCCUUGGGUGUUCACUGUUACUGCUAGUACAUUAGAUAGAGAUUUCAGCAGUUCUAUUACCAUUGAUAACAAAACAAUCACGGGUGCAAGUCUUUUUGUAAACUUGCCACCUAACAAGUCUUUCACUGUAAUAACUUCUACUGAUGCGAAAUUGGCAAAUUCGACGAAAAGAGAUGCGCAAUUUUGUAGAGCGGGAACACUUGAUCCUUCAAAAGUGAAGGGUAAAAUAGUGGCAUGUGUUAGAGAAGGGAAAAUAAAAUCAGUUGCUGAAGGUCAAGAAGCUCUAUCUGCAGGUGCAAAGGGAGUCAUUUUGAGAAAUCAACCGCUAAUUAAUGGAAGAACACUUCUUUCUGAGCCUCAUGUUUUGUCUACUGUCAGCUAUUAUUCCAAACAUCAAACUACAAGAGGACAUAAUGUAGACCUAAUUCCGACAGAUAUAAAGUCAGGUACUAAAAUAAGAAUGUCAAAAGCAAAAACAAUCUAUGGAAAAAAGCCAGCUCCAGUUAUGGCUUCAUACUCAUCUAGAGGACCAAAUAAAGUUCAACCAUCAAUACUCAAGCCUGAUGUAACUGCGCCGGGCGUGAACAUACUUGCUGCCUAUUCAUUGUUUGCAAGUGCAUCUAAUUUAAUAACAGACACUCGCCGAGGUUUUCCAUUCAAUGUAAUGCAAGGAACAUCUAUGUCUUGUCCUCAUGUUGUUGGCACUGCUGGAUUAAUCAAAACACUUCAUCCUAAUUGGUCUCCAGCAGCUAUUAAAUCAGCUAUCAUGACCACUGCAAGCACAAGAGAUAACACCAACAAACCAAUUCGUGACGCAUUCGAUAAAACUUUGGCAAAUCCAUUUGCUUAUGGUUCAGGACACAUUCAACCCAACAGUGCAAUAGAUCCCGGACUUGUUUAUGACCUAAGCAUUAUUGAUUACUUAAACUUCUUAUGUGCUUCUGGAUACAACCAACAACUCAUUUCAUCACUUAAUUUCAACAUGACAUUUACUUGUUCAGGAUCACAUAGCAUAACAGACUUGAAUUACCCUUCAAUCACAUUACCAAAUCUUGGAUUAAAUGUCGUUAACGUCACACGGACAGUCACCAAUGUUGGACCUCCUAGUACAUAUUUUGUAAAAGCUCAGUUGUCCGGAUAUAAAGUUUUUGUUGAACCGAGUUUCUUGAAAUUCAAGAAAAUUGGUGAAAAGAAGACAUUUAGAAUUUCUGUGCAAGCAACAAGGGUGACUCCACGGAGAAAAUAUCAAUUUGGUGAAUUGAAAUGGACAAAUGGAAAACACAUUGUAAGGAGUCCUAUUACUGUUCGACGUAAAUGA